CCUCUCUGCUCCUCUCUGUAGAGUGAAUCAUGGUGCUGAUGGGUGAGGAAGCUCUGAGCUGGACUAACGCUGGACGUGCGCGGGCUGUGGUCACUAACGGGCAGUGCUGAUCACCGAUGAGGGGACACGUCUCUGCUGCGCUGAAGUGAGCCUCGCCAUCAAACAUGAAUAUCUGGAUAACGGUGGUCUCGUUCAUGGCCGUGUCUCUGAGCUUCACGGAGAUGUUUGACAUUUACGGCGAGAUCUGCGGAGGGCUGUGUGUGUGCGAAGAGCGAGACGGAGUUUUGACAGCUGGCUGUGAGAACAGAGGCAUCGUCAGCCUCUCUGAUGUUGGGCCUUUGCACUUCAACACAUAUCAUCUCUUGCUGACGGGCAACCUUCUGAAAAAGCUUUCGCUUAAUGACUUCGUGCAUUAUCAAGGACUCACCAUUCUGCAUCUGGGCAACAACGACAUAGCAGAAAUUGAGAGUGGGGCUUUUAAUGGACUUCAGGGAUUAAAGCGCUUGCACUUGAACAACAACAAAAUUGAAGUGCUGCGGGAUGACACUUUCGUCGGCCUUGAGAGUCUGGAGUACCUUCAGAUCGACUACAACUACGUCAGUCAUAUCGAGGCGAAUGCGCUCAACAGGCUGCGUCGUCUGGAGGUACUGAUUCUGAAUGACAACCUGCUGUCCACCCUGCCAAAAAACAUUUUUCAGUUUGUUCCUCUAACGCAUCUCGACCUCCGAGGGAACCAGCUUAAGCUGCUCCCCUACAGCGGCCUUCUGGAGCACAUGGCUGGGAUCGUGGAGCUGCAGCUUGAAGAAAACCCCUGGAACUGUUCUUGCGAGCUCAUCGCACUUAAAGCUUGGCUGGAGAGCAUCUCGUACACAGCGUUGGUGGGAGACGUGGUUUGCGAAACGCCAUUUCGGUUGCACGGCAGAGACCUUGAUGAGAUCUCUAAGCAGGAGCUGUGUCCCAGGAGAGCCAUAGCCGAGUACGAGAUGCGGGCCGAACCAGCUGGCGUGGAAGGGAUCUUCAGGACCACGGCUGCUGGUGCAGCAACUGCAUCUUUCACCUCCUCCAACAUCCAACGUUCUACACGGCCCACUAAGAGCCCUCGUCAGUCAGGGAAGCUGCGCGCCAAACCCACCUCACGGGUCUCCUCGAGCAAGCCGCAGAACUAUGGCCCAAUGGUGGCUUACCAGACCAAAUCCCCGGUAUCCCUCGAGUGUCCUGCCGCAUGCACUUGCAAUCUCCAGAUUUCAGAUCUCGGCCUGAAUGUCAACUGUCAAGAGAGAAAAAUUGAGCGCAUCUCGGAUCUAGACCCCAAACCCUACAACCCGAAAAAGAUGUACCUCACAGGAAAUUACAUCCCUUCAGUGCACAGUUCAGACUUUUCAGAAGCUACUGGUUUAGACUUGCUUCACUUGGGGAACAAUCGGAUAUCUGUUAUUCACAGCAGAGCAUUCGGGGAGUUGGUGCACUUGCGUAGGCUUUAUUUAAAUGGAAACUUAAUAGAGCGCCUGACUGACGAUAUGUUCUACGGCUUAGAAAGUCUCCAGUUUCUUUACUUGGAAUACAAUGUCAUCAGAGAAAUAGCAGCGGGCACCUUUGAGCAGGUACCCAAUCUUCAGUUGCUCUUCCUCAACAACAACCUGCUCAAAGCGUUACCCCUGGGAGUGUUCAGCGAAUUGAGCCUGGCGCGGCUGAAUCUGCGCAACAAUCACUUUCGGUACCUGCCAGUAGGCAGUGUUUUGGAGGAACUGACGUCCCUUGUGCAGAUAGAUCUGUUUGAGAACCCCUGGGAUUGCUCCUGUGCUAUUGUGGAGAUGAAAAACUGGUUGGAGCAGCUCAGCGCCGGAACUGUGGUGAACAGUGUGAUCUGUGAAUCUCCGCCGAGGCUGUCAGGAGAGGAUGUGCGCUACAUUCAUUCCUCUCAUCUAUGCCCAAACAACUCGAAUGUUCCUGCAUCUGCUGUUCCGCCCUCGGAGGAAUCUUUCCCAGGCAGCACCAUCACCUUGGAGACGGCGUUGGAUUUCGACACACAGUAUCCCGCAAUCCCUCUCUCUGUGCUCAUCCUGGCAUUGCUCAUCAUCUUCAUCAUGUCCGUAUUCGUCGCCGCCGGGCUUUUCGCGGUCAUGAUGAAACGGCGCAAGAAGGCCGAACGUGCCGCCUCCAUGGGCGCCAAUGUGAGCUCCUUCAACACCCUUUACAGUGACCGAUCAGCGACAAAGGUCAGGACUUCUGCAGGUCAUGUGUAUGAGUACGUCCCUCCUGCAGUGGAGGGCACAUCCAAAAGAGCCCCCUAUGGCCCAGGUCAGGGCACCACAGGGGAAGGGUACAGAGACUUUGAUGAGCUAAAUGGCGGUUUGGCAUCUAACUCAGACGAGGAUGUCGGGAGCACCGCAGUUGGCUCAGAAUUCAGUGCCUGCACACCAGAUCCCCUCAACAGAUCGUCUCCACUGCAAGACGAUAGCUUUUUUUACCGAGACAUCCUGGCGAGAGACCAGCAGGCGUCCUACAGGGCCAAUUUACCGUGUAAGCACUCUACACAUGUUUCGGCUCACUAUGCACCAGACUUUGAUGUCAGACAUCAGUACUUGCAUCCAGACAGGAUACAGCAGACCAUGGUGUACUGCUCAGCGCCAGCCACGGUCUACGUGGAGCCCAACAGGAGUGAAUACUGGGAACUAAAAGCCAAGCUUCAUUUCGAGCCAGAUUAUUUGGAGGUUCAUGAAAAAAGGACAACUUUCACUCAGUUCUGAGUUGCCACAUAUGUACCCCUCCCCCAGUUCUUGCCUCUGUAAAGGGUUAUAUAAAGGUGAACUGAUUACUCUCUGAUGUUUGAACUCAUGUAUUCUCCAAAGUCUCCAGUGGAGGUAUUUCUUUCAUGUGGAUGAUCUCUUGGUUUAUUUACCAAAUUAUCUACAUGCUCAAUGAAAUCUUUCAUGCCAUUUAUUUGAGAUACUUGAUGACUUACUGACCUAUGCGACAAUUUAAACUUCCUAUUCUCUUCACCUGUUGUGAAAAUGACCUGGAGCCGUUAUUACAGAGAUUCUAUCGGUGAAAUCCUUUCCGUUUAGUCACCAUGACGACUUCAGGACUGAAUUUAAGACAAUAGCUAUUACAGAAUAUUAACUAAUUGUGUCCGAAAGCCUGACGAGAAAAGAGGAUUACAGAUGCAUCCUUGACCGAAUUUCUGAAAUAUUGUCCAAACUUUAGGACAAUCCUGACGGUGUCUUAACUUCUGUUUUCUUCCGUUUCUACUGUUAGCAGUUCUACGAAAAAAUAGAAAAUUAGUAUCUUUAGGCAACUGUGACAGGCAGCUAGCAUUAACCACCAAAAUGACAUUGUGUUUAUUCAUAUUGCAGAAUGGUGGUGAAUGAUGAGGCUGUUUAGUGGGAGAAUUAAUGUUACCACAACUUACAAAAGCCUUAGUAAGUCUUUAUGCACAUUUGCAUAUCAGCGGGUGCUUGGAGCAUAAAUAAUUGGUUAUCAACCUUGAUUGAAUACUUUUGGAUUUCCAAACUUGAGACAAGAUGCUGUGAGAUGAGAUCUUUAAUAUGAAUUUGUGAAAAAUCUUAUCUUGACCUUGUCAGACUGAACAGCAUUAUAGCUAGGAAGUUUCUGUAAUUCCGCCUCCGGUCUUCACCAUCGUUUUGAUACUGAUGUUGUAUUGACUCAGUCGAAGUUCUCUUUUUGUGUGUGUCUCUAAAGACACUGACGCACAUUUUGCACUACAGGUUGUGCCAUGCCACCACUGAAGGAGCUACAUGUGAUACCCAUGUUUACAUUUAAGAGUGAUCUUCAUAAGAUUUUCAUAAACCAUUAUAUGCCCUUGAUUACCAAAACAGUUCUGGUCAUUUAAUGUCAUCAAUGUUACAUUAACAGAAAUGCACCAAGCAUGGUGGUGUGUUUGGUGCAAACGUCGUGCAAACAGUAAAAAAGGUAUUUAUGCAGAAUCAAACUCAUCCACGAACCAUAUUCCAUUAGCGGACCCCCAAAGCUUACAUUUAGCUCCUUUAACGUGGCAUUCGGGACACUCCAUGCUGUAAAUAAAGUAACUCGGAAUAUGCAGAGGUGGAGGAAACAGGGUAGUUAAUGUUUUGAAAUCAAAUGAUACCUUAAAAGUUUAUGAAUAUGCUGAAUUUUUUAUGCAUUUGCUGCGCAAGCACAAAAUGUACAUAUCUGCCGUACGAAUCCAAGACGAUGUCGUGGUAGCUGUGCAGUUCUUGUUGAAAUUUUACAGCCAUAUCUACACCCAUUUAAAAUCACAAGAAAAGAAACACAGUGAAUGCCGUUCUGUGGGCUCCGGCGUCUACAGGGAUCAAGGGGAAUCAUCUGAAACAUCCGGCUCCUUAUUCCUUACCCCCCCUCCUCGUUCCCUUUCACUUUCCCAACGUGUGACUCAGUGAAAGAAGCAGCAAUACGAUUUUCUUUAUCCACCAGGGUUUGCUAUUCAACAUGUGCCAAUGAAAUUUUCAUGCAAGGCCUGAGGCAAUCUGCAAAGGGUGUUUUUUUUUUUGUGAAGCCCCACUUGCCGCAGACCUUAAAAUACCAUUUCUUCCCGCAGUUUCUGCUUGUAUAAAACUAUAAAUAAUGUUUACAAAGCAUAAUGGUUUUUCUUAAUUUGGUCGUUUGCUACGGUCUGGUUGCAUUGUGGUUGUAUAAUUUGUUUUUCUAACUGCAUCAGUGCGAACUGAAUUAAAUCUCGGUCUUUGAGUCCGUUUAAGGCGGCACCUGCCCUGAAGUUGCACUGAUUUUUUAAAAUAUGUACAGCACAUACUGUUCUAAUAAAGUUCUGGUAUAUGCAUCUGAAUUGGAAUGCCGGCUGGGUACGCUGAGGACGUGUUUGUUUUGAACCCUGCUGUUUAUCUCAUGUUGCAGAUGACGAUGGAAUAAAAUAUAUUUUCUUUUCCA